GAGUUUGUACUGGGGUCCGCGGGGAGUGGUGGUGUCCGUCCAGGGGAAUGUUGGGGCUGUGGCCCGUCGGGGUGUGUACGUGAGUCCCCGUGUGUGUUUGUGUGGACUGCUGUCCGUGUCUGCCCUACCUGAGGGGUGGGGGCUCUGUUUACGUGUGGUGUGCCUGUGCGUGUGUUCUCUGUGAGAGUUAUCUGUGUGUGCUGUUUGGGGGCUGAUUCUAUGGGUCUGUGUUGCCUGCGUGCGCUAAUGUGUGGUGGUUGUGUGUUUGUGUGUUGCUUGAGUGAGCUGGGUUUGUGUGUUUAUACGUGUGUCUUGCCGGAUGUGCCGUGUUUGUGUGUGCUCGUGUGUCUUGCCUGUGUGGACUGACUGUGACUGUAUAUAUCUCCAGGGCAUGUGUCUCAGCUGAGCAUUUGCGUUGGUGUGCCUGCUGAAUGCCGAUGUCUGUUUUCUGUCCUGGUGUCUGUGUGAGUUCUGCCUGGUGUGUGUGUGUGUGUGUGUGUGUGUGUGUGUGUGUGUGUGUGGCGGGGGCUUGUCUCAGUCUGUGUUUGGCUUGUGUGUCUGGCAUGGGUGUCUGGGAAUUGAGUACCGUGUCUCUGUGGGGUCUGUGCAGUGCAGUCAGUGGGUGUUGUUGGCAGCCUCUUGCAUGGGGCUGUGUCUGAGCCUCUCGUGUGUGUGUGUGUGUGUGUGUGUGUGUGUGUGCGUGUUGGGUCUGAGGGGCUUGUCUCCGCAAUCGGCUGGCUCAUGUGUGUCAUGUGGGCUGCGUGUGUGUAGUGUUUAUGUCAGUCACGUGAGACCAGUGUUUUCUGUGGGUGCGUUAGGUGUGCGUGCUGCCAGCGCUGUGUGGGAUUAGAGUUAGCUGGUGUGUGUGUGUCCGGGCUGACAGUUGGUGAUGGUGUUUUGAGGUUGGGGGAGGAGGAUGGGUUGAUGUCUGCUGUUCUACUGUUGUGUCUGUGUGUCAUUGCCAGCAUGUGUGGUGAUGCUUCUGGAUCCGAUGAGAUGUGUCUGUGUAUGCCUGAUUUACAUGUGUCCUGGGGUCUGAGAGUUGGGGACAAGAGCAUGUGUAUCUGUGGAUGUCUGUUUUCUGUUGAUAUGUGUGAGUCCUGAGGUGUGCACGCCUUAUCUCUUGGGUGUGUAUGUGUAUGGGGAGGAGCAUGUGUGCUUGAGAAGUGUGGCGCUGCUUAUUUAGUGCGUGUGUCUGUGCUUGUGUUGGCUGCAUGAUGUUUGUGUCCGUGGGCGUAUCAACAGUAGGUCAGUGUGUAUAUGUGCGUGUGGAUGGUGGGGAAGGAUUGUGUCAGACAAUAUACAUAGUGUGUAUAGCGCUCCUGAUGAUCUGUGUGCAUGUGUGUGUCCACGUUUUGGUCAGUGUGUGUGUGUCCCAUGUACUGAGUAGCAGUGUCCGAUACUAGGACUAUCUCAAUGUUUCUGUGCAAAUGGGAGAUAAGGUGGGAGGUUGCCUGGCCAGUCCUGCGUGAGUCCUUAUGUGUGUGUGUUGUGUAUUCUUCAACCCCCCCAUAAGUCUCCUUUUGGGUCCUGUGUGAGUCCCUGUGUGUGCUGGGGGAGCCAUCACAGUGCCUGGCUGCCCUCCAUGUGUGGCCAUCACUGUGUUCCGGAAGUUACCCCCACCAGCCCACGUCCCGUGUGAGCCCCUGAUUGGGGGAGUGUGUAUUGUGGGGCCGUCAGCCCACACACACACACACACACACACACACACACACACACACACACACCUGACAACCCCCUGCAUCUGGGUCCUGUGUGAGCCCUUGUAUUUGCUGUGAGAGGGAGCCCUCGUGUGCCUCCCUGUCCCUCAUUUGUGCCCAUCAGCAUGCUCCCGAGAAGCUGCCCCCACGACACCUGGGUCAGCCCUUAGGUACACGGUGUGUGUCUUGUGUGGUCACCACACGCAUCCACAGCCCCCUCCAUUUGGGCCCUGUGUGUGCUGUCCUGGGCGCCGAGCCCGCCAUAGUUGUGUGCAGGAGUGGCGGGUGUCCUGGGGACCAUGUAGGCUGUGUGUAUUGUGGGGCCCUGGUGCACCCCUGCACUUGCUGGCUGACGGCACCCCUCUCCUGUCCUGCAGACCCCAGGGAGCGCCAUGGCCCGAGCACGCCAGGAGGGCAGCUCCCCGGAGCCCGUAGAGGGCCUGGCCCGAGACGGCCCGCGCCCCUUCCCGCUCAGCCGCCUGGUGCCCUCGGCUGUGUCCUGCGGCCUCUGCGAGCCCGGCCUGCCUGCCGCCCCCGCCGCCCCUGCACUGCUGCCCGCUGCCUUCCUCUGCGCCCCCACUGCCCCGCCCACCGCCACCGCUGCCCUGGGGGGCCCCCGCUGGCCUGCGGGUCCCCGCAGCAGGCCCCGAGGCCCGCGCCCCGACGGUCCUCAGCCCUCGCUGUCGCCCGCGGAGCAGCACCUGGAAUCGCCGGUGCCCAGCGCCCCGGGGGCCCUGGCGAGACAAGAGCAGCAGCGACACCGCCCUGCACCCUGGAGGGUCCUGUACGAUCUCAUCAUGGGACUGCUGCCCUUACCCAGGGGCCGUGGGACCCCCGAGAUGGAGCCCAACUAGGUGCCUGCACCCGCCCGGCGGACGUCGGGGACUUGGGGGGCAGGCCCCUCCCACCUCCUGACGCCCUGGCCAGCGCGGGGGACGUUUUCUGCACCAU